UAGAGAUACGUCUUUACGGUUAGAUGGGAAUGGGAGCUUAGAGAGGAGUUUUAGGGGAGGGAGGGAGCUGGAGCUGGAGCAGAGAACCAGGUGAGAAAGGACUCAAACAGAACUUGUUCGUAGACUUCUCUGUUUGCCAAUAAAACGUACCAACUUCUCAGGUGUGGCUUUCACGUCAGUGAUUCCAGAGUUAUUUUCAGGCAGUCCCGUAUGUGUGGAUACAUCCACAUAGAGGCUGGCGCUCUGUUCUGCACAUAGAAGGAGAUGUCUUACGUUGCAAAGAAGUGUGGCAUCCGAUUACAGCCUCCAUCAAUUAUUUUAAUCUAUGAAGAUCAGCUCAAGAGUAACCUGCGCAAGCGCAUCAUGCCAAUUCGAAAUUUCUCCAAAUUCUCAGACUGCAGCAGGGCAGCAGAACAGCUAAAGAAUAAUCCCCGGCACAAGUCUUAUUUGGAAGGGGUCUCACUGAAACAGCUACAAAAAUUAUACCAUUUGCUGAAAUGCCAUUUGAGGGGACAAAGUUUGGCUCAAAGUUUAGAGCAAAUUCAACAAGAAGAAACAAUUGACCCUGAGGAGGAUCUGAACAAACUAGAUGACAAGGAACUAGCCAAAAGGAAAAGAAUUAUGGAUGAGUUAUUUGAAAAGAACAGAAAAAAGAAAGAUGAUCCUGGUUUUGUCUACAAUAUAGAGGUAGAGUUCCCUCAGGAUGAAGAGCUUGAAGCCUGUGACUGGGAUACAGAAUCAGAUGAGUUUUGAUCCAGAGUAAAGCUUUGGACUCAUGGUCACACUGGGAAUACUUGAGUCCCUGAAAUGUGCCCCUUUAUAUUUUUACAACAAAAUUUGAUUAAUAUUGUCAUUGAGAUGCUACAUUUUGUACAGUCAACUUGAAUGGAGGAAUAUAUAUUUUUAUAUUUUGUCUCAACACAUUAAAAUAUAAAAAGUGUUCUGAAAUACUGAAUGAAAAAGCAUACCCAGCUCAAAGAGAUUUACCAAGUGUGUGCUAGUACUUUGUAUUGGUACACACCCUCAUAAAAAAAAUAAUGGUUCUGCCUCUGCAGACAAAUUCAGCUUAGAAUAUCUACUUUUAGCAAUCCUUAUAUAUGUAAUUUAUGUCCUAUUUAUUACUUCAUUGUAUUGUUUGUUCAAGAAGGUAGGAUAGUAAAGCUUGUUAUUUAAACUUCCUGAAUUGCAGCUACCUCUCUUGAGGAAAAUACUGGUAUAUUUACUAAAGUACAUAUUUAUACUAUUACAAUGUCAUACCAAAUGCAAAGUAGUAAUUCUUUUAAAAAAUAGUAUGUUCUUCCCAUUUAAAUAUCACUUUCUGCAGGUGGGGCGAAUCAACAUUAUAAUAAAAAGUGCAAUGUUUAAAUAUGGAGUUAAAAGCACUUCAGGAUGUUUUCAAGUUUAUUGGUGCUUGUUAAGUUAUAGUAUCGAAGUCAAAUUAGUCUUGUAUGUGCUGCAAAUAUGAAAGUUUUAUCAUAAUACUGGUUUACCUUCACAACCUGUUCCCAGCACUAAAUGGUCAAAUUUAAAGAAACAGGUGAUCAAUGCAGUAAUUUUGAAAAGUGAAAAGAAUAAUGUUGACAUAAUUCAAAGAUAUCUGAUAGCCUGAUCUUCCUGUGUAGGAAGAAAUUGAAAUUACAGAGAUAUGUUUCUACCUAUGUAUUUUUAAGAGCUUUUCAGGUGGAUCCUUGAAUACUAUAAUAACUACAUUAGUUCCCCCACAUUGGCUUUACUUCAGCAGAUGGAAAUCCAACAAAUGCAAGAGUGCCAAGCCAAUUUGCAGUGAGGUUUGCUGGGGCUGAAUUGUCCCUAAUAUCAUAGGGGACUUUGCUGAUGCUGAGAAGUGCAGCUGCUCCUCCCAGCAUUGUCCACUUGCUGCCCCUAUCCUGCUGUUAUCUCCAGCUUGAGAAAAUGGUGGGGGUACCCUAAGGGGAAGGACCUGAGACAACCACAGCCAUUCAAGGAACUAAAAACACUCCAUGGGCCAGAGAUUCCACAUCCCUGAGCUAAAGCAACGUGAAACUUAUAAAAUCACCUGAUACUCCUCCACUGAUUGUAGUCUUCUUGUUUUCUGUCAUGGACUACAUUCCUAAGAGCCUUUGCUAAGUUCAUGUUUCCCUCUUUGUGUGCUAGAAUAUCAUAACCCUAUAUUUUAAGAGUGUAUGUGAUAACACAGCUAUCCUACUGCAAGAUUGCUGUCAUGUAUUAUCUGCCACUGAACUAUUGCAAGUUUUGGGAAUAUCACAUUAUCAUCAUGGGAUUAUCUAGCAUAUCCUACAAAAGAUAAAAUGGAGUUGGGGCACACUUUGAUUAUAGUGAAAAGAUCUAGAGCCAAUAUACUUCAUUAUGAUGCUUUUGGCUGACUAGUGUUUAAAUUGAUUCUAAUUCUCUCAGCUGGAAUGCAAUCCAUUUGAACAAUUCCAACAGAAUUUAUUUUCAAGGGAGAACCUUGUCAGUGUUUUUCUUCCCUGCUGCUCCCUGUGUUGGAAGAAAGAAUACAGUGUUCCCUUCCUUAACACAAUUUUCCAAUACACAAAUCUGGGACUAACUGCCUUAUACUGCUACAUGGCUUGCAAUAUUCUGCUGUGACAUCAGGGAAGUGCACAUAUACAUCCAAUGUUUCUUAUUCUCCAGUAAUUUUCUGUAAGAAUUUGGGGUCUACUGGAUGGAGAGCCUCAAUCAAUCCUGCAGAACAUAGACACACUUACCUCAGCCCAAUUCUCCUACCUCUCAUAGCUUCUUCCAGCUCUCCUUUGCCACUAAAGGAUUCUACGAUGUGCAAGACAAAGGAAUCAGGCCAAGAGAAUACAUACAGAUAGUGAGGUUAAUCUAAAUAUACCACAAUUUAUCAGUACAUUCAAAAUGUACUAUCAACAAUUUUUGUAUUCACUAUUCAUAGUCAAAUUAUAAAUGAAAAAUAUCUCUAAUAUUUGGUCUCCAGAUGGCAGUGUUUUAUUACUAGUUAGUUUUGGGCAAAUUUCUGUACUUGGCAGGACUAAUCACCAAGAAUCUAUGUCUGAGCAAAGAGCAACUUUGAAAACAAUUUACAUUGCUAUCCUUGGGCACUACAAUCACUGGUGUUUUACAGCUAUUAGAAGUAAAUUAUCUCUAUUUGAGGGAGAAGUAUUUUAAGUAAGAUAUGUAGCUAACUUAUGAUGGAAAAGCCCUUCUGGCCACUUUCUUUAUCGGCUAACACAUAAUCAGAAUAAAGAAAAAUAUUAAAUGUCA